AUGGCUCGUUGGGCUGAGUACUUUGAGCAGCUGUUCACGAUUGAUCCUCCAAGCGGACAGCUCCAAACUGCAGGGUUACAGAUACUGGAUGCUGAUCCAUCCAUUGACGAAACUGCACCCUACACUGAUGAUGUCAAAGAAGCUGUGGCAAAGUUGAGGAGUGGAAAGACAGCUGGCAUCUUGUAUUUGCAGUCACCUGCUGAAACACCAGAGACUGAACAGUCUGGGUUCAUACCCUGCAAGUUACCUAUGAAGAAGCAAAGCUCCCAAAGCUUGAAGUUGGGGUGCCUUAAGGACUUCAACCUGGAGGUUCAGUUUAAGCCGGAUGUUAAGCCAAUUUUUUGCAAGCCAAGAUCGGUGCCCUUUGCCAUUCAAGAUGAUUUGGCCAAGGCUUAUGAUGCAGGCAUCGCGAGAGGAGUUUGGGAACCUGCACAGUUCAACGCUUAUAGGACACCAAUAGUACCAAUACGGAAGGCGAUGCUACCAGGUCAGGUGAAGCUGAAGAUAUGUGUAUGUGGUGACUACUCUGUAAUGGUCAACUCCCAGGUGGAAACCCACCGUUACCCAAUACCACUCCCUGAAGAUUUGAUGCGCAAGCUAGGGGGUGGAUAUUGCUUCAUCAAGAUAGACCUAGCAGACGCCUACAAUAAAAUAAAACUGGGUGGAAUUCCAAGAGGGGCCAAGGUAAAUGACAUCAUCAAGAUGCCAGCUCCAGAAGACGUUAAGAGUCUCAAGUCGUUCCUUAGUUCUGUGCAAUUCUACGGAAAUUUUCUAUCAAAUUUAGCAACAGUGGCAGAACUGUUGCAUCGUUUGACCAGGAAGGAGUCUGUAUGGAAAUGGGAUGCAGAGGAACAGAAUGCUUUCGAGAAGCUGAAGGAAUUGCUGUCAACAGAAAGUGGCUCACUUCGAUUCAUCUACGCCAAUUGGAAUUUUCUGCAGUGCUUCGAACAUCACAAACCAUUGCUCACUUUGUUCAGGCCAACCAAGGCACCACCUGCACUAGCUGCCACCCGCCUGGCUCAUUGGGCACUACAGCUAAGCCAGCACGACUACUCCAUCGAACACAGGAAAACGUUGGACCACCAAAAUGCAGACUCACUCAGUAGAUGGCCGGCCAGUACAGAUUCCAGUUUUGACGGAGAGGAAAGUGGGCCUGACAUCAAUACAGGCUGUGCUAUCAACAUGGUAAACGACCACGUCAAGCCAGUAAAUGCGACAACACUGCAAAGGGGGUCCACCAAGGAUCCUGUAGUUUCAACAGUUAUGUGCCAUUGUCGAGAAGGCUGGCCACCCAAAAAGACAGAAGAUGCAAACAACAAGGUGGAAGAUUCUCGAAGCAUUGAUGGAGACAUCGAGGAGACGUGUUGCCGCUGUACUUCGUGUGGUGAGCACCAUAGCAAACUUGCCAAGCCAGCAACACAUCCAUGGGUGCUGCAUGAGAAGCCAUGGAGUCAAAUUCAUCUUGAUCACGCCUUUAAUUUUAUGGGAUCGAACUGGCUGGUGCUCACGGAUGCCUAUUUGAAGUAUCCCUGCAUUCACCCUACACAGUCUAUUUUUACUAAGGCAACAAUCAACUUACUAGAGCAAGACUUUGCACACUUCGGUUACCCCCACACGUUGGUAACAGAUAAUGCCUCGAGUUUCCUUAGCGAGGAGUUCCAGCAUUGGUGUAAAGAGAGAAACAUUGUUCACUUGUCGGGAGCGUCGUACCAUCCUGCUACUAAUGGAGCUGCAGAAUGCCUCAUUCAGACUUUCAAGCAGGCACUGAGAAAAUCUGCACUACCACCUAAAGCGGCCUUGCAGGAGUUUCUCAUGCAGUAUUGGCACACACCAACAUCAAGUGGCUUCUUCUCACCAAGGGAAAUGCUAAACGAAAGGCAGAUGAGGACACGGAUUGACACACUACUGUCAUCCCCAGCCGAUGUCUUGCAAGAAAAACAAGUUAAGGAAGCGGCCUGA